AUGAAAGUUCUCUUUAUUUUAGCGUCUAUAUUCUGUGUUUCUCAAGCCACAGACCAAUAUCGAAAAUACAUCGAACAGUUUGUUCCAUCUUUAGUGAAUAUCAAAAAUACAUCGAGAAUUUCCCAGAUAAUUGAUGAUUCUGUGGAUCCCUGCGACAAUUUCCAUCGACAUGCGUGUAGCAACACAACUACCAGCACUUUAGAUCACGCCUUUUCAGAGCAUCUCAAUCAACUUCUAGACAAGACUCAUAUCAAGAUGAGCAAUCCAACUUUGGAGAAGUUUACGGUAAGUAAUAUAUAUACCUUAAUGAUGGCUUAUCGGAAUCGAAACAGAGCUUUGAAAAACAUUUUUCAGAAUGUUGCAAGUUUUUAUUCAAGACGGGAUUUCACUUCUCAACUUGUGCGACAUUUUCAAAAACAAUACCUGAAUAGGUAAUAGAAAACUUGGACUCUGUUCGGAAAUAAAGGGUUCUAGAGAAAAAAGUUCCGAACAGAGCCAGAAAUAGUUUACUAAAUAAAUUUUGAAAAUUCAGAUGUAAAACUAAUUCUCUCGAUGAUUUUCUCCAAGAAGUUCAAAUCUUGUAUCCACCAUCAUCUAAUUGUAUUAGUCAAAUCAUACAAGGUGCAGAUUGUCAAGUAUCAUCACAAAACUUUGCUGAUUGCUUCCAAAAUUUCCCUAUAGAACUAUUUCAACAAACACUUUUCUUCUUUGUUUAUGACGCAGUGCAUUUAAAUUGGAUUGAACAAUAUGGAAGUGUUGCUUUGGAUAACCGUAUAAAUUCCACUCUUCAAGAUGUCAAAACCUUUGCACUUGAGUUAAUAAAGGUAGGAAAAUUAACAGGUAAGAUCUGAAGGAAUAUAAAAAUAUCAAUUAUUCCAGAAAACGCCUUGGUUGCAACAUUAUGGUGAGACUGAAUUAUUUGAAGCGCUUCGCAGCCAACACAAAUAUAGCCGAUUACAGUUCUGUCAGAAAGAAAAGUGAUAUAAUGCCAAUUUUCGAAAAACAAUCGGAAGUUUACACAAAUUGCUCCGCAAGGUCUUUGCUUCGGGAUGCGCCAAAACAUGUUUUGUGUCUUUAUCAAAUAUUCAAUCAUAAAGAACUUUGGAUAAAUCUUCAAGAUAUUCGACCGGUGAUUAAAAUAUCUGAUGCUGCUGGAAAUUUACAUGGUGUCCUAUAUUUAUACCUAACAUAUUUCUAUAUAUCUCAAUACAUUAGCGAUAUAGCUGAAUAUGUAUGUUAAUAUCUUAUUGCCAAACAAAUUGAACGUUUUCAGAUGGCUUAUACUGGUUUCACAGUUGGACAUGAAUUUGGUCAUUCGAUUAUGCUCUCAAAGAAAAGUAAAACGAAAUAUUCGGAAAUUGUAAGAAACUGUGUUCAGAAUCAGUUCAACCGAUCUUGCAGUUUGUAUGAAGAGGUGAGAAGAUAAAAUACACACAUUCUCAAUUUUUUGCAAAACACAACUCAGGCUAACUGCACUGUCUUGGACACUCAGAUAGGAGACAAUGGUGCUGAUUUGAUUGGUUUCGAAAUAUCCUAUGAGCUUUUCAAGCGACAAAUCGGUGACAAGUUACACGAAAUUGUUCCUAAAUUAUACCCGUAAACUAACUUAUCAAAAGUUAUUCUACUAUGCUUAUGCUGCGCAAUGGUGUGCACCCUAUCCUACUGAAGAUGGUCUUCAACAUCAAGCUAAAGUUGUACGAACCAAUGCUGUUUUGAUUCAACAUGAUGAAUUCCGAAAAGCUUUUGGUUGCUCAGAUCAAUCAAAAAUGGUGCAAUCUAACAAUGUGAGUUAAAACCAUUUCGAAAAUCAAUGAAAGUUCUGAUAACUUUUUUUUAAGGGGAAAUGCAAUAUUUUUGGACCGGAUGCUCCACAGACAAAAAGUCGCAAUUUGAUUGGUUUCUAA